UCAACUUGUCUUUAAGCAUCUAUGUUUUAUAGUUUUAAUAUUAAAUUAGCAUCCAUCUGGAUGAUCUGGCUGAGCUUCCCGAGGAGCUUUUGUAGGAAAGUAGUUCCGUAAGGAGUCGCUCACUAGCCAGCAGUGCUCACUAAAAAGGUUCCAGAUGGAAGGCCAGGGUUUGGUACUGAGCAGUAGUAGGAAACUGUUUUAAAGUGAGCGAUAAAGGAAAUGUGGGCGGAGACCUAUUGCAGGAGUGGGUUCCUGUGGCCAGGUCAGCACUUCUGUCACUUCCCCAACUAUAUCCAAUUAAUUGGUCAGAGAUGUGAACCAGUCUCAGUACAGGCAUUUCCCCUGCAAAUGUUUUUAUUCUACGUAAGGCCUUGUAGCUUCCCUUUGCUGAAAGACCCAAGCUAGCUGCAGCUGCCCACUCCAUGCUGUCUUGAGAUGGGCUCAAUUUGGGGUGCAUCAUUUUUAAAAAAGGAACCCAGCGCCAUUCUUCACAACUCAAAAUAUCAUUCACUUCUGGGAGUUCUCCAGCCUGUGUUGUGCUCUGCACUUCUGCUUUCAGAUGCACCUUUCUGAGGCCACUGGAUUUCUUCAAGUUGCAGAGACCCGUGUUACUGCAAGCCUUCCGUCACCAAGUGGCAAAGCCCGAAAGCCGAAGGAGGAGCAGCAAGAUAUCUUACUGUGGCCACGAGCGUCUGCGGGGUAGCUGCUUCAGCGCUCAACUGUCCCCACUCCCCAAGGGGCUCUGAGAACUUCAGGAUUCCUGUCACAUUCACUCCGGGGCCUGCGAGGACCUAACAAGCCCCUGAGAAUCACCCCGAGUUGCUGAGCAUGACCCGGGACGAGGCACUGCCAGACUCGUACUCAGCACAGGGCUUCUAUGAGAACUAUGAGCCCAAGGAGAUCCUGGGCAGAGGAGUGAGCAGCGUCGUCAGGCGCUGUAUCCACAAGCCCACGUGCCAGGAGUACGCUGUGAAGAUCAUUGACAUCACUGGCGGAGGCAGCUUCAGCCCUAAGGAGGUGCAGGAGCUGCGGGAGGCCACACUGAAGGAGGUGGACAUCCUGCACAAGGUCUCAGGGCUCCCCAACAUCGUACAGCUGAAGGACACUUAUGAGACCAACACUUUCUUCUUCUUGGUGUUUGAUCUGAUGAAGAGAGGGGAGCUCUUCGAUUACCUCACGGAGAAGGUCACUCUGAGUGAGAAGGAAACUAGGAAGAUCAUGAGAGCUCUGCUGGAGGUUAUCCGCAACUUGCACAAACUCAACAUUGUGCAUCGGGAUCUGAAGCCUGAGAACAUCCUUCUGGAUGAUGACAUGAACAUCAAGCUCACCGACUUUGGUUUUUCCUGCCAGCUGGAGCCAGGAGAGAAGCUGCGAGAGGUCUGUGGGACCCCCAGUUACCUGGCCCCUGAGAUCAUCGAAUGCUCCAUGAACGAUGACCACCCAGGCUACGGGAAGGAGGUGGACAUGUGGAGCACCGGGGUCAUCAUGUACACCCUGCUGGCGGGCUCCCCGCCCUUCUGGCACCGGAAACAGAUGCUGAUGCUGAGGAUGAUCAUGAGUGGCAACUACCAGUUCGGCUCGCCUGAAUGGGAUGACUAUUCAGACACUGUGAAGGACUUGGUUUCCCGCUUCUUGGUGGUGAACCCCCAGGGCCGCUGUUCAGCAGAAGAGGCCUUAGCGCAUCCCUUCUUCCAGCAGUAUGUGGUAGAAGAAGUGCGCCACUUCAGCCCCCGGGGCAAGUUCAAGGUGAUCGCUCUGACAGUACUGGCUUCAGUGCGGAUCUAUUACCAGUACCGCCGGGUGAAGCCUGUGACCCGGGACAUCGUCAUCCGUGACCCCUAUGCCCUCCGGCCUCUGCGCCGACUCAUCGACGCCUACGCUUUCCGGAUGUAUGGCCACUGGGUGAAGAAGGGACAGCAGCAGAACCGGGCUGCCCUCUUCGAGAACACACCCAAGGCUGUGCUCCUUUCCCUGGCUGAGGAAGACUACUGAGGGGCUGGCAGGCGGGGUAGGUAGGGUGGGCAACAGGCAAGGGGGGGAAGCCCAGAAACGUAAGCUGAGGAGUAAGACCAUGCCCAGGCCUCUAUCCACAGGGGGCACUUGGCCCUGGCCAGGACCCCUGGCACUAGGGCCACCAUCCCCUCUCAGAGGCUCUGCACAGGAAGAGCAGGUUGCUCCCAUCACACGUUGUAAGUGUGGUCAGGGCCAGGUCCCGGGGAGGGGCAACUAGCAUUUGGGUUUGAGAGCCUUCCUGCUUCUCUCCUUCCCAGCUGUACCACCAUCUCAGGUCCUUCCCCGAGACCCAGAGUUCCUGACACUCACAGGUACUUCCCUUAGGGUUCCAGGAGGAGGGUAAAAGAGAGGACAGUCUGAGAUACACAAUCGUGGAAAUUUUACUGACCCCGCAACACCCACUGACACCAUGGGAGCAGGUUCCUUUCCAGGGACAUGUGUUUAGAGGCAUAUGGAAGCCCUCAUAUAAUUAAUAAUAGAAAAGGAAGGUUCUGGUA